CACACGUCACGCACUUCCUCCCUCGGCCGAUAGAUGGCUCUGUCCCAUGUCAACAUGGAGAAGCGGGCCUUCCUCUUGUCACAGCUGAUUCAGCGGUUGCAACGUCAGAAGGAACCGAGGGAAGGCCAGCUUUUUGGGUUUCGCACAGACGAUGGACGGUUACUGGCCAUUGCUCUUUGUACAAAUCAUGGGAACUUGAAACAUGACAAAUCCCUACUACUUCCGGCACCUCUUACUCCUAUUGGAAAGUUUGAAGUUACCAAAGGAGAUCAUUCCAAACCUGAACUAGAGGAUAAUGAGAUAGCAGUAAUAUGGGACCAAGAAGAUCUUCAUGUGUAUGUUUCCGAGGACCAACAGAUAUCCACAUCCUGCUUUACUGAACUGACCGAAGAGGACCUGAGUGAACUCUUUGUUUUGGCUCGAGUCAACUUCACCCUUGACCUUACAUCAAGGGACACAGUUGUGUCGAUCAGCAACACAAUCCAAACCUUGGUUGAGCAGCUUGAGUCACCAUCAACUUGUUUCAGGUUACAAGAUUCCACACUUAUUUUACAGAACACAGACGGGGGUGUGUUGAGUUUAGAAAAUCAGGGUGGCAAGGGUAAUGUUGACAUUGGAUCUGUAAUUAAGGGUGCCAAGAAGAAGAAGACAUCAAUGCACACUGUCAAUUUUCAGAUGUUGCAGAACAGAAGUACGGUAACCUGUAGAAAUGCACCUGUGGUACGGAUAGAUAAUAGAAAGUCUGGGAUCCUAUCUACUCACUUUAAAGGGGAGGCAAUCGUGUAUUUACAAAAGUCUUGUAAAGUUUCAAAAGUUGCAGCACUUUUGGUACAAGGAGUGAUCCAGCAGUUGCAUUUAGCUGAAUGUUGGCUUGAGAGACAGCUAAAUGAUAAGAAGUUGUGUGGCAACCUAACGUCAUAUAAUUCUUUACAUUUUCUCUCUGGCCAUGUAGUAAAUGUGAUAUACCCAGAGAACAGUGAUGACAAGAAUUUAGAACCGUACAGGAAAGAUGUACAUGAAGCUUUGAUGUUUCCAAUGAAUCAGCCAAUGGUGAGGAAGGGAAACAGGCUGCCAAUAAUAGAAGCCAAGUCCUCUGUUUUGAAGAAUACACACAUUGGGUUGAAGCCAUCAUCAGUGUAUGGGGAAAUCUCGGUUGUUAAGGGAAUUUAUGGAUAUCAUCACUACAUGCAGGAUAAUUUUAACGAUAAUAAGUGGGGUUGUGCCUACAGGUCCUUACAGACACUAAUAUCUUGGUUUAGAUUCCAAGGUUACACAGAAAAGUCCAUUCCAACACAUUCAGAAAUUCAAAAAUGCCUUGUUGACAUAGGGGACAAACCAUCAAGCUUCCUAGAUUCCCGUCAAUGGAUAGGAUCAACUGAAGUUGGAUUUGUUUUGGAUAAUAUGUACAAUAUCACUUCAAAGUUUAUUUUUGUCAGUAGUGGAGCAGAUUUGGCAGAAAAGGGAAGGGAAUUAGCACAUCAUUUUCAGACUCAGGGUACCCCUAUAAUGAUUGGAGGAGGGGUCUUAGCUCACACUAUCAUUGGAGUAGACUACAACACAGAAAGUGGAGACAUCAGUUUCCUCAUUCUAGAUCCCCAUUAUACAGGUAGUGAAGACCUUUCCACUAUCCAAAACAAAGGUUGGUGUGGAUGGAAGGGUCCAGAAUUCUGGGAUCCCAAAGCAUAUUACAAUCUUUGUUUACCCCAGCGUCCUUUGUGCAUCUAGUUUACCCUAAGGAAGAGAGUUCGAGUGCGUUUAAUCUGUGGUAAAGAAUUUUUUGAGUAACAUUUUUGUGUGUAGGAAGACUGGAAAAAUGAUGGAACACUUUUGGUGCAAUUGACCUAAAAGAAACUCCAUUCGUUGCUUAAAAGAACAUCAGCAGUCGAUUUGUCAGGAAAAUUUAAUUGGUGUCAUGUUAGUUUAGUUUUUCAUGCUGUGUAUUUCAUCAGCUUUUGAUAAUUUUAUUUUCUUAGCUUGCCACUUUGCCAUUAAUUAGAUUGUUGUCAUGAAUGUUAAAGUCGUAUUCUUAUCAAUCAACAAGCUUUGCAACCAUAGGGGAAUUUUGAAAGAAAUAGUUAUCAUGUAAACACUGUUUAGUGUCCUGUUAUUUGUAUUUCAGAUGUUUUUGGUAACAGAUAGCACUGUUACGUUUAUAUUUAUUGUUAUAUUUAUAAUUUUUACAAAUAAAUAACUGUGGUGAUGGAAAAUCCAACUAGUUUUAUAUAAUUCAUAACUUUUGAGCUUCAGGAUAACUGUAUGGAUUCAGAUGUCAAAAUAUAACAGUAAAUACAAUUUC